ACGCGAAGGAGACGUGUACGUGAAGAGCUGCCAUCGGAGGGAAUAUUCCGUUUUCGUUUACAGGAAGCCUCCGUAUCUGGCUCGAACGACAAGAUGGAUGAAAUGGAAGAGGAGUUAAAAUGCCCGGUGUGCGGCUCGUUUUUCCGCGAGCCGAUCAUCCUGCCGUGCUCGCAUAGUAUCUGCUUGGCCUGCGCGAGAAACAUCCUGGUGCAGACGCCCGACGCCGAAUCCCCGCAGAGCAGCCGCGCGUCAGGCUCCGGCGUCUCCGAUUAUGAUUACUUAGACCUGGAUAAGAUGAGUCUGUACAGCGAGGCAGACAGCGGAUACGGCUCUUACGGCGGGUUCGUGAGUGCACCGACCACCCCGUGCCAGAAGUCCCCCAACGGGGUGCGCGUUUUCCCCCCUGCCGUUCAUCCUCAGCCCCAGGCGCAACACCACCUGCUGCCUCACACCGGCGUCCUGCCGCCGGUCCCGCGGAACUCCUGCCUCACCUGCCCGCAGUGCCACCGCAGCCUGACGCUGGACGACCGGGGGCUCCGGGGCUUCCCCAAGAACCGUGUGCUGGAGGGGGUUGUGGACCGGUACCAGCAGAGUAAAGCGGCCGCGCUCAAGUGUCAGCUGUGCGAGAAGAGCCCCCGCGAGGCGACGGUCAUGUGCGAGCAGUGCGACGUGUUCUAUUGCGACCCGUGCCGCCUACGGUGCCACCCGCCCCGGGGUCCGCUAGCCAAACACCGGCUCGUGCCGCCGGCGCAAGGAAGAAUCAGCCGCCGCGCGAGUCCCCGGAAGACCUCCACCUGCACCGAGCACGAGCUGGAGAACCUGAGUAUGUACUGCGUCCAGUGUAAGACCCCCGUGUGCUACCAGUGUCUGGAGGACGGCAAACACGCCACUCAUGAGGUCAAAGCGCUGGGGGCCAUGUGGAAGCUCCACAAGGGACAGCUCUCUCAAGUACUGAAUGUUCUGUCUGAUCGGGCCACAGAGGCCAAAGAGUUCCUGGUGCAGCUCAGAAAUAUGGUACAACACAUACAGGAGAAUGGAGUUGAAUUCGAGGCAUGUUUGGUCGCCCAGUGUGAUGCUCUGAUUGAAGCUCUCAACCGCAGGAAAGCUCAGCUUCUCAGCAGAGUAACCAAAGAACAUGAACACAAACUCUCAGUGGUUCGUGAUCAGAUAUCCCACUGCACGGUGAAGUUGAGGCAGACCACAGGACUAAUGGAAUACUGUCUGGAAGUUAUCAAAGAAAACGACCCCAGUGGCUUCCUGCAGAUCUCAGAUGCUCUGAUAAGACGGGUCCAUAUGACAGAGAAUCAGUGGGGGAAGGGCUGUCUGACCCCUCGCAUGAGCAGUGACUUUGACCUGACACUGGACAGCGGACCCCUGCUGCAGACCAUACACCAGUUAGACUUCGUCCAGAUGAAGGUUCCAGCUGCUCCUAUUCUUCAGUUAGAGGAGUGCUGUACUCAAACCAACAGUGCGACUCUGUCGUGGAAACAGCCGCCUCUCUCCACCAUUGCUGUGGACGGCUACAUUUUAGAACUGGAUGAUGGGAAUGGAGGCCAGUUCAGAGAAGUGUACGUUGGUACAGAGAUGAUCUGCACUGUGGACGGUCUGCACUUCAACAGCGCUUAUCAAUCUCGUGUUAAAGCGUUUAACUCCAGUGGAGUCGGCCAGUACAGCAAAACGCUUGUCAUGCAGACAUCAGAGAUUGCCUGGUUCACCUUUGACCCUGCGUCAGCCCACCCUGACAUCAUCUUGUCCAACGACAACCUCACGGUGACGUGUAACAGUUACGACGACCGUGUCGUAAUGGGCAACACAGGGUUCUCUCGUGGCGUGCACUACUGGGAGAUGACCAUCGAUCGCUAUGACAACCACCCUGACCCUGCGUUUGGAAUCGCCCGGGCUGAUGUCAUAAAGGAUGUGAUGCUGGGGAAGGAUGAUAAAGCCUGGGCCAUGUAUGUGGAUAACAACCGCUCCUGGUUCAUGCAUAACAACUCACACACCAACCGUACGGAUGGAGGAAUACGUAAAGGAGCGACUGUGGGUGUGCUGCUGGAUUUCUCUCGUGGGAUUUUGUUAUUUUUGAUAAAUGAUGAGCAACAGGGACCCGUUGCCUUCAACACACUGGAGGGCAUGUACUACCCGGCCAUCAGCCUCAACCGCAACGUUCAGGUGACUCUUCAUUCUGGGCUGCCUAUUCCUGAUUUUUAUACACCUGGAGAAUGUGAAGCUGCAGGCUCAGUCUGCUGAAGAGUCAUUACACACUUAUAUACAUACUGUAUGUACACACACGCACAGACAGGUGCACAUGGAUUCAGCUGUGAGUUCUUGGCGGGGGAAUUGCUGCUGAGUCAUUAAUACGU